UCCGCACGUGCAGCCGCUGCCGUGCUCUGAGCAUCCGCCCCGCCGUCGCUUUGUUGCCUCUGGGCUGCCGGCACCAUGCACACGCCGACCUCCGUGGGUCCCGGCGAGACGCGCGCGGUGGACAUCAUGGACAUAUGUGAGUCCAUCUUGGAGAGGAAGCGGCAUGACAGCGAAAGGUCUACGUGCAGCAUCUUGGAGCAGAAUGACAUCGAAGCAGUGGAGGCUCUUGUUUGCAUGAGCUCCUGGGGUCAAAGAUCCCAGAAAAGUGACCUAUUAAAAAUAAGACCCCUCACACCUGUGUCUGACUCUGGGGAUGUCACCACCACUAUGCAUGUGGAUGAAGCUACCCCGGAACUACCAAAGGACUUCCAUUCUUUGUCGAUGCUGUGCAUGACUCCUCCUCAGAGCCCUGAUCUCAUGGAACCAUCGAUGGGGACACUUGUUCCUUCCCAAGUAACUGAUUCCAACGCACACAUGAUCACGGCCAUCCCCCCAGCCUCUGCUGGGGCAGCCAACGUGCUGAGCAGGAGGGAGGAGAGGAGCCUGCCUGGUUUGGAGCCAGCCCCUGCCCCUCCCUGCAGGGCUGUGGUGACGAGUGUCAUCCACCACACUGAGGGCGGUCCUGCUCCUGUCCACAUUCCUACCGCCCAGACUCAAGAACGCCAACUUCCAGACAACCGAGGAGAAGCACAGUUUCUGGGACAUACGGAAGCUUUGCGGAACACACACCUCACAGACAAUUUGCUCAACAUUAAUUCAGUGUCCUGUCCACCUUGCUCGAAUAAGUCUGGUGACCUGAUUUUUCCAGACAAAGGCCAGCAGGCAGGUUGGCCAGUUGCAAUUCAGACCUGCUCACCAAAGAGUUAUGAAAAGGACUUGCCAGGGAAAGCCACUCCCCUGAUUUCUGUCCCCAUCCCCAGUCCCCCUGUCCUUUGCCAAAUGAUCCCUGUGACUGGACAGAGUGGCAUGUUACCGGCUUUUUUGAAACCACCUCCCCAAAUACCUGCCGGGACUGUCACACCCAUUCUACCCCACACUGCCCCAGCGCCCCAGCCUGUGUUCAUGGGACCAUCUGUGCCUCAGGGAGCUGUGAUGCUGGUCCUGCCCCAGGGGGUGCUCCCCCAGCCCGCCCCCUGCUCACCAGCAAGUGUCAUGGCUGCUGGGAAUACCAGGUUGUUGCCCCUUGCCCCGGCCCCAGUGUUCAUCGCCUCCAGUCACAACUGUGCCCCUCAGGUAGACUUUUCACGAAGGAGGAACUAUGUUUGCAACUUUCCAGGCUGCCGGAAGACCUACUUCAAAAGUUCCCACCUCAAGGCUCAUCUCCGCACCCACACAGGAGAGAAGCCUUUCAGCUGUAGCUGGGACGGCUGUGAUAAAAAGUUUGCUCGUUCAGAUGAACUGUCCCGCCACCGCAGAACUCACACCGGGGAGAAGAGGUUUGCUUGCCCUGUGUGUGAUCGGCGCUUCAUGCGCAGUGACCACCUGACGAAGCACACCCGGCGCCACGUGACCACCAAGAAGCCCCCCGGCUGGCAGGCGGAGGUUGGCAAACUGAACAGAAUCGCCUCAGCAGAGAAACCCAGGAGCCCGCUGGUGAGCAUGCCAGCCUCUGCCUGAAAGGUCGGCGGGGAGCCGCCGUGGGGAUUUUUCAAAGACUUCUUUUCAGGAAAGACUGAUGGUUUUCUCUCCCAAAAUCAUGUCUUGGGGGCAAGGGAGAAGAAGGGGCUGUUCUGAUGGAAGUACGUUAACUGUUCUUUUUUGGUUGAGACCCCAUUUAGUGUCUUUUGUAUUUUCAGUUUUUUUAAGGAAAUGGAAGAAAAUUUGAUGAUCUAAAUCACCAGCAUUCAAACAGACAUUUCGGCAAUAAAUUUUACAAAAUCUGGAUUUUUACAGGCUUUCUAUUCAUGUUUUGUAGAAAUGAGACAGGGUAUGACUUUAUACUGUUUUUUUAUGGAGAGAUUUAUAUUGUUGGUACUUAGAUCACCAGUUUCUAGACAGAUGAUCUGCGGUCUUCUUUUCAGUGUUUAACAGCGUUUUAUGAUACACCCACUUUCAGCAGCCUCGGAGCAUCCUUCAGCCAGGAAAACCCAGGUUUGUCACCGGGCCUUUCAGAUCUAAGAAUGUCUUAGAAUCAUAACUGGUCGACAGGGGUCUCAAAGAAAUGGGCCUGGCCCGUGUGGCUCAGUAGUUAAAGAGUGUUGGCCUCACACCAGAUGGUCGCGGGUUUGAUUCUGGUCAAGGGCACG